AUGUCGGCCUCAACGGUGUCGAUCACGGCUAAUCCAGCGUCGGCACGCCGGAGACCGGUUGUGGUUUCCGACAAGAAAUCUCCAAGCAACAACAUAGAAUUAUUAGUACCGAGUGAGCAACAUGUCAACGGUGGCGGCGGCGAUGCCAAUGUCACUGCCGCUGCUAGUAGAGAUCUAAGUCAUCACUCGAUUCGAGGAGAUGCGGUUCGAGAGAGGACAUCGAAGGAUCUGGUUCAAGUGAAGAAGACAAGUUCGACCAUUUCGCCGCGGAGGGGAGGAGAGUGGCAGGGACGAAGGUGGAGAAACCGCGGUUUAGUACAGAUGGUUAGGAAAUUGGCUGUGAAAUCAGGGGGUAUAGAUGGUGCUAGUGUGGGGACACAAAUGGGGUUGUCUGAAUUUGAUGGGAGGAUAGCGGAAAUGGAGUCGAUGGUGAAAACUGCGGUGAAAAUGAUUCAGCUUCAAGUGGAAGUUGUUGAUAAGAAGAUUGAGAAUGAAGUUGGUGGGUUAAGGAGGGAAAUGAGUAAGAAGAUUGAUGAUAAAGGCAUGAUCUUGGAGGGGGAGUUGAGGAAAUUAGUGGAGAGAAGUGAAGGAUUAGAGAAGAAAAUUGGAGAGUUGAAAGCGGGUGAUUGGUUGUCCAAGGAGGAUUUUGAGAGGUUUUAUGAGCAGUUUAAGAAGGCAAAGGGUGGGGAAUUUGGUGGGAGUGAUGUGACUUUGGAUGAUAUAAUGGUGUAUGCGAGGCAGAUAGUGCAGAAUGAGAUUGAGAAGCAUGCGGCUGAUGGGCUUGGGAGGGUGGAUUAUGCGCUGGCAACUAGUGGGGGAAUGGUUGUGAAGCAUUCUGAUCCUUAUAUGGCUGGGAGAGGGGUUAACUGGUUCUUGAAGGGUAGAGGGGUUCAACCAAAUGCAGAUGAGAUGCUAAAACCAAGUUUUGGGGAGCCAGGGAAGUGCUUUGCAUUGAAAGGAAGUAGUGGGUUUGUCCAGAUUAAGCUGCGAAGUGCUAUUGUUCCUGAAGCUGUUACGCUGGAACACGUCGCCAAGAGUGUGGCUUAUGAUAGGUCAACUGCUCCCAAAGACUGUCGGGUGUCUGGUUGGCUGCAGAACCACGAACUUGCUUCAGCGGACUAUGAAAAGAAGAUGUUUCUUUUAACAGAGUUUACUUAUGACCUCGAGAAGAGUAACGCCCAGACCUUCAAUGUAUUGCACUCAUCAGCUUCUGGACUUGUUGACACAGUGAGGUUGGACUUCACAUCUAACCAAGGAAGCCCCUCACUUACUUGCAUUUAUCGCUUUAGGGUGCAUGGUUACGAACCCGAUCCUGCUUCUAUGAUGGCAAUGCAGCCUUGA